AUGAUAUUCGCUAAGGACAAAAAACUUCAUCAUCAUGCGGUAACCGUUACUUCCCUGGCUCACAGCCAGGAAUCUCUCCCUCAUUCCGAGGAGAGUGGUGCGCCGGCAGCAGUGGCUAUUGUUGACGAUGACGACUAUCCAGACGGGGGCUCUGUUGCCUGGCGUCAGGUAGUAGCCUGUCAUCUCAUCAACGCCAUGGCCUGUGGCUACGGUGCGGCCUUUGGCAUAUACCAGCUCUACUAUACCGAGUCGCUCAAACUCCCGUCGGCACAGAUCUCAUGGAUCGGCUCUGUGCAGAUAUUCCUAAACAAUGUUACCUGCACCGUAGCUGGGCGCCUAGCCGAUGCGGGAUAUGCACGGGAGGUGGUGCUAGGUGGUUCCUUCGUCGCUCUUCUGGGAACGUUCAUGACCAGUCUUGCGACCGAGUACUGGCAGAUCUUUCUCGCACAAGGAGUGUGUACAGGAAUUGGCCUGGGUCUGAUGUAUAUGCCCACUAUUACGAUCAUCGCCUCGUAUUUUAAGAAGAGACGUGCGCUGGCCUUAUCCCUUUCUACCGCUGGUACCGGAACUGGUAGUAUAAUAUUUCCUGCAACGGUGCAAUACCUAAUACCCCAGAUCGGAUUUCCUUGGACCGUCCGGUGCGCCGGUUUCGUGGCUCUGUUUAUGGUUGUUUUCAUGAACGCACUCCUCAAACCACGCUCGCUUCCCCAGAAAACAGGCCCCCUAGUGGAGUGGGGCGCAUUCAAGGAACCCCCUUACGUUAUCUUCAUCGCGGGUGCCUUUUUGUUUUACUGGGCCUUGUAUUUUGGUUUCUUUUAUAUCAACACCUACGCUAUCGCGGUCGCUUCCUUUACUCCUACAUCUGCAGUCUCUCUGCUGCUCAUCACAAAUGCGGUCGGUAUUCCCGCCCGACCCAUCAUCGGCUGGCUUGCCGACACCUACCUGGGACCUAUCAACGCAUUCAUCAUAUCAUCCAUCGGCCUAGCCAUCACCUUCUUCGCCUGGAUCGCAAUCGAUACACAUAAUACCAUGUACGCUUUUGCAAUCCUGUUCGGCUUCACCAACUCGGCAGCUCAAGGCGGCUUUGCCAGCGCCUUGGCUAGUCUGACGAAGGAUCCUGCGAAGAUGGGUGUUCGGUUCGGCAUGUGCUGUACUAUCAUCGGCUUCGCGACGGUUGCUGGUCCUCCGACCGCGGGUGCCAUCAUUGAUAUGUGCAAUGGUCAAUAUCUCGGGGCCCAGCUCUGGGCUGGCGCAGUUACACUCCUCGCAGCGGCUACUUUGGGUCUCGCCAGGUACUGGGUAUCUGGCGCAAAGUUCGCUGUCAUGGUUUAA